ACAUCCUCAGCGAUCUACUCCCUCUCCAGCCUUCCCUUGCAACAAGCACAUCAACCACCUUCACUCAUCCCUUUUUUUUUUUAAAAAAAAAAUCAAGUAAACAUGAAGUACUCUGGUCUCCUCAUCGUCGCCUGCGUAGCCCUCUUUGCCUCCUCGGAUGCCGCUCCUUUGCUCAAGAGCAACUCUGGCAAGCCCAUCCCUGACUCUUACAUUGUUGUCCUCAAGGAGGGACACAAGGUCAGCGACUUCGUCCCCAAGUUUGAGGCCAUCGCCAAGCGCCAGAACGGUCGCGGUCGCAAGUCCACCAUCGGCCGCAAGUACAACUCCAUCCAGGGUUUCUCCGCCACUGUCAACUCCGCUGCCUUGAAGGAGCUCCUUGCUGCCGAUGAGGUCAGCUAUGUCGAGCAGGACCAGAUCGUGACCAUCAACGCCCUCACCCAGAACAACCCUCCCUCUUGGGGCCUUCCUCGCGUCUCGAUGCGCCAAAACAACCGUGGUGCUCCCUACUACUACCAGGACCAGGCUGGUGCCGGUGUCACGGCUUAUGUGAUCGACACUGGUAUCAACACCGCCCACACUGAAUUUGGCGGUCGCGCCACCAUGGGCGCUAACUUCGUCUCGGGCUCUGCCAACACUGACGAGAACGGCCACGGUACCCACGUCUCUGGUACCAUCGGUGGUGCCACAUAUGGUGUUGCCAAGAAGGUCAAGCUGGUUGGUGUCAAGGUCCUCAACGCCCAGGGCUCUGGCUCUUACUCUGGUAUUGUUGCUGGUAUGGACUGGGUUGCCCAGCGCGCCGCUGGCUCCAAGGCUGUUGUCAACAUGUCGCUCGGUGGUGGCAAGUCCCAGGCUCUUGAUGAUGCUGUGACCCGUCUCUACAACGCUGGUGUCCCCGUUAUCAUCGCUGCCGGCAACGAUGCCAAUGCUGACGCUUGCAACGGAUCUCCCUCGGGUGCCCAGGGAAGCUUCACCAUUGCCGCUUCUGACAUCAACGACCGCAUCGCGACCUUCUCGUCCUGGGGCCAGUGCGUUGACCUCUUCGGCCCUGGUGUCGACAUCACCUCUGCUUGGAUCGGCUCUUCCUAUGCCACCAACACUAUCUCCGGUACCUCGAUGGCCACUCCCCACGUUGUCGGUGUCGCCGCUCUUUACUUGAGCUCUGACUCGUCCUUGACCUCGGCUCAGUCUGUCUACAACAAGCUCCUCCAAACCUCGACCUCCAACGUCAUCCAGGGUUCCCUGCGCGGUUCGCCCAACCGCCUGGUUUUCAACAGCGCCGUCUAAGAAGAUUGAUAUGGUUUAUAUCUGCUUGCUGGUCAUUUUCAAGCACAUUAUUACGAAGGAUGAUAUUUUUGAUCGUGUAGGUCCUUGGAAGUAGUUUUCUUUUUCUUCUCUUUUUCUUUUAACAAUUUGCUGCUGUUGCCUGGCGCACCAUCCCAGCCUUUUUAUCUAGUUGCUGAGUUCUUAUCUGCCUGGGGCAGAAAGGUAGCAACCAUCUAUCCAAUAAGAUACUUUAGUAAUAAAACCAUAGUUGAAGGAC